AUGGAAAAUUGCAUUUUUUAUAAUCUCUCUCUCUCUCUCUCUCUCUCUCUCUCUCUCUCUCUCUCUCUCUCUCCACACAUUCGGACGUGGAUUGCAAAACAUAGGAUGGUAGAACUAACAUAUACACUUCCUUUUAUUGAGGAGGAUGAUAAUCUUUUUGAACGUUUCUUCUACCUUCUUCCUGGAGGUCCUACUAAGACCCCACUGACAGUGACACCAAAAGAUGAAAUAACCCCUAAUUCUACACAGGAUAACACUGAGGAAGAUGAUGCUAUUAGCCGUGAAUUAAGACUUCAAAAAAAAAUUAAUUCCCUGCAAGCCCAGAGAGGUUCUCUAAAUAAAAAUGCAAUUCGAGAAAGACGCCGUAUGAAAAAGCAAGAAAAGAAAUUGCAAGCCAAGAAAAAGGCAUUGACAGGAAAGAAGGAAAACCCUUCCAAAGACUCCAAGGUUAAAGGAAAAAAAAACUCCAAGAAGCAACCGGUGGAACCAUCGGACCAACUGCUGUUUGGGGGUCUCACAACAGAGAGUCAGAUGAAGAAGAGGAGAAAGACCAUAACAGUUACUCCCCCUCUCAUAUGUACCUAA